AUGGCUUCAGAUUCAAAUAUCUACACAUUUGAAAAGGUCGUAAAGCACAACAAAACCAAGGACUGUUGGCUUAUUGUUUCUGGAAAGGUGUCUGAUGUGACACCAUUCAUGGAUAACCAUCCUGGUGGGGAUGAAGUUUUGCUAUCUGCAACUGGAAAGGAUCCGACAAAUGAUUUUGAAGAUGUGGGUCAUAGUGAUUCCGCAAGGGUGAUGAUGCAGAAGUACUACAUUGGUGAUAUUGAUGCAUUAACCAUUCCUCUGAAACAGUUUUACAUCCCACCAGAGCAGCCUGCAUACAAUCAUGACAAGACUCCUGAGUUUGUGAUUAAGAUUUUACAGUUUCUCGUACCUCUCUUGAUCCUUGGCUUAGCCUUUGCAGUCAGACAUCAAAUCAUCUCUCUUUCAGGGUGGUGA